UGUAACGGGCACUCACUAACUCACCGCGGAAACUCAUCGGCGAUGGCGGGAGAGGAAAGCUGCGUCAGUGCUGAUGCUGACGCGGGCUUACGAAGCAGCUUCGUUGCGUUCAACGGGGAAGAGGGGAUGGACGUUCAGGAAAAGCAAGAAGAAGAAGUAGAAGACGCGCCAGAGGAGGAGGAUGGAGAAGAUAUGGAUGCAGGUGAAGAAGAAUACGUCGAAGAUGAUGGGGAGUAUACUUUCAGGUUCGAAGAUGGGAUCAACCCUCUAGAUUUUGUGGAGAAUAAUGAUUCUGGGGUCCAGAGUUAUCAGCAAUUCGAGCGCCUUGAGAAUGAAGCUCUUGCUGAUAGAAAGCGAAAAGCAGCUGAAGACUUGCAACCUGAUGGGCCUUCUUUCAAGAAGGUGAGGGAAGAGGACAUGUCGGGGGCAAGUAUGGAGGAGAUAAUGGAAGCACUGAAUUUUGGCGUUCGUAGGAAGUCUAGAAAGCCCAAGAAAAGAGGUAGACGAAAAGGAUCAAAGAAUAAACUCGAUCCUCAGCUAACACGGAUGCUUGGUGAUGCCACAAUUCAUUAUGCGCAUGAACGUUAUGAAGAGGCUAUUUCUAUAUUGCAUGAAGUUAUCAGGCUGGCACCAAAUUUGCCCGAUUCAUAUCACACACUUGGACUUGUCUAUAGUUCACUUAAGGAUGACAAGAAGGCUAUGAAUUUCUACAUGAUUGCGGCUCUUUUGACCCCCAAAGAUUCAUCUCUCUGGAAAAUGCUUUUUACCUGGUCCAUAGAGCAAGGUGACGUUGGUCAGGCUGGCUAUUGUCUUUCAAAAGCAAUAACUGCUGAUCCCAAGGACAUUACUCUUAGAAUUCAUCGUGCAUCUCUCUAUGUUGAGCUCAAAGAUUAUCAAAGAGCAGCUGAGACAUAUCUACAAAUUUAUCAACUCUUUCCUGAGAAAGUUGGUGCACUAAAAAGUGCAGCUAAGCUCUACCAAAAAUGCGGUCAAGUAGAAUGUUCAAUCCACAUUCUUGAAGACUAUCUUAAGGGUCAACAGGCUGAAGCCAGUGAAAGUAUUGUUGAUCUGCUAGCUUCCAUAUACAUGGAGACUAAGGCAUAUGACAGAGCUCUUCAGCAUAUUGAGCAUGCACAAGCUGUACAUUAUGCAGGGAAGGAGUUGCCAUUGAAUCUGAAAAUUAAAGCAGGAAUCUGUCAUAUUCAUCUUGGAAAUAUGCAGAUGGCUCAGGUUCUUUUCAAUGAUUUGAAACCAGAGAAUGCCACCGAGCAUUAUGACUUGGUUAUUGAUAUUGCAGACUCAUUGGUGGCUCUUGGCCAUUACAACUAUGCAUUGAGUUAUUAUCUGAUGUUGGAAGCAAAAAGUGGAAGUGAAAAUGGUCUUCUGCAUCUGAAAAUUGCGAGAUGUUUUCUGUCCCUCAAAGAAAGAUUACGAGCAAUUGAAUUUUUCUACAAAGCCUUGGAAACACUAGAAGAUGAUAUUGAUGCACGAAUAACUUUGACUUCUCUCCUCCUUGAGGAAGGAAAAGUAGAUGAAGCCAUUUUGUUGCUGGUCCCUCCAAAGGACUCUGACUCGGGCGAAGAACAUUCUGAUCAAUCAAAUAGAUGGUGGGUCAAUGAAAAAGUAAAAUUGAAGCUCUCCAAAAUAUAUUGGGACAAAGGGAUGCUUGAAAAUUUUGUGGAUACAAUGUUCCCUCUGAUACGUAAAUCAUUAUAUGUUGGGAACCUCCAACACACGGGAAAGACAAAAAAGCGGCUCUCCAAGAAAGAUCUGGUUGAAAGGGUUAAAGUAUUGGAUGAUCAGGAUACAGACAAUGUAUUUCGAGGAUUCAGGCCAAUAGCUCUUCCAUCUGAUCUGGUGAAGGCUUCCAGGGCCAAAAAGAAGCUCCAGGAAAAGGCAAUUCUGAAGGAGAAAAGGAAAGCUGAGGCAUUGGCUGCUGGAAUGGACUGGAUAAGUGAUGAGUCAGAUGAUGAGCCUGGGUAUGUCUCCCUGAAAGGUAGAAAACGUCCUUUGUGCAAUUUUCUCAAAGACGAAGAACAUCAUCAGCUAAUUAUUGAUUUAUGUAAGGCAUUGGCGACCUUGCAAAGGUAUUGGGAAGCACUGGAGAUUAUUAAUCUCACUCUAAGAUUGGCCCACAAUGUGCUGUCUGCUGAGAAGAAAGAGGAACUUCGAUCUCUUGGAGCUCAAAUGGCAUACAACACCACAGAUCCUAAGCACGGGUUUGACUGUGUUAAAAAUAUUGUUCAGCAACAUCCUUACAGCUAUGCUGCCUGGAAUUGCUACUACAAGGUUACCUCAAGAUUGGAGAAUCGAGAUUCAAGGCAUUCCAAAUUUUUACGCUAUAUGCAAGGAAAAUUUGUGGAUUGUGUGCCUCCUAUUCUCAUUUCUGGGCAUCAAUUUACCAUUUUUAGCCACCAUCAAGAUGCUGCAAGGAAAUACCUUGAAGCUUAUAAGCUUUUGCCGGAGAAUCCCUUGAUUAAUCUUUGUGUUGGAACUGCAUUGAUCAACCUAGCGUUGGGUUUUAGGCUUCAAAACAAACAUCAGUGUAUUCUACAGGGUUUAGCAUUUCUCUACAACAAUUUGAGGAUCUCUGAGAAUAGCCAGGAAUCAUUGUACAAUAUAGCAAGAGCAUACCAUCAUGUGGGAAUGGUGACUUUGGCAGCUUUGUAUUAUGAGAGAGUUCUUGCUAUUCGUGAGAAAGACUAUCCCAUUCCGAAACUUCCAGACGGGAAUCCGAAUGCCACGGAGAACCAUCUACCUGGUUAUUGUGACCUUCGCAGAGAAGCAGCUUACAAUCUGCAUUUGAUCUACAAGAAGAGUGGAGCUCUUGAUCUUGCCAGACAAGUUCUGAAGGAUCAUUGCUCAUUUUGACUUGAGUUAGGUGUUCCUUAGGAACCACUGUCAAAUUGUAGAGAUUGUGAAUAUUUUUUUUUUACACAAUUUGAACAGAUGUAGGCACACAAAUGAACAUGUCAACAUCUGGCAUUGGUGUCAGAGAUUGUAAAUAUUUAAAGAGCACAAGGUAGGCAUAUUGGAUAUGGUACAUGAGAUAUUUAAUAUAGAUAAGCACUCAAACUUGCAUUUUUCACAUU